CAUUAAAUCUGAACAUGUGCCAAACUUUGACACGCUUAUCAAUUAAAGAGAAACGUUAAAAUAGUCGAGUAUUUUGAAGUCAGAAUCUGUUAUCCUUAUUUCCUGUGCUCCAGAGGUCUUUCAGUUUUAGCAGUUAGGAAUAUUAUCUACGAUCUUCAGCAGUGAAUCCCCCACGUUUUCCACAUGACAUAAUAUGAUAACAUUGCAUCAGGUUGAGCUGAGUUACGUCAGCUCUAGUUGCAGCCUCCAAACAGGAGAUGGCCAAUUACAGGCCUCUACAGUAUGCAAAUAAGAACUUUGGACUUUUUUUUUUUCACCCAAAUAAAUACAGACACACAGGGAUUCCAUAUUCAUUCACUCUCACCCAGACUGACCAUGCUCUCAGUCCUUCUCUUCUGCUGGACUGUACUCACACUCCACACUCCAGCCACAUGUAACCAUCUGCAGAGGACAUCCUUACCCUCUGGUGCCAAUGAAGUGGACCCCGAAACACAACGAUGGCUUGAAGGAAAAAACUAUUUCAUUACAAGGAAAGGCAACAAAAAAGCUCAGAAACCUGUUCGUCGAGGAUCAGAAGGGAACUUCAGCCACUGGAAGGACCAGUAUAAAAGCUGUUUCCCCAUCCUAAACAUGAAAGGUCUUGCUUUCUUAUGCUUGGACCCCAAGGGAAAGUUAUACACCUCAGUAUUCGACAGCAACAAGGACUGCCGGUUUCGCCGUGUCAGAAGACAUAAGCACUAUGACGUGUUCCACUCCUGCAGAGGUGCUGUGCUAUUGGUCAACCAUCGACAAGCGAAAAUAUAUGGCCAGAUUUUACGAAAGCUCCCCGGCUUUCUCUUCUCAAAACGACACAAACAUCAAACGCACCGCAGGAAGAGACGCAGUUGGCACACCGAUCCGUCCGACCCUUUAGGAUCUGAGUAUCCACAUUUAAACACAAUGAGAAACUGGAAGAGCGACCCUGAGCGUGGAGGUAACGUAUCAAAGGAGACCAUUACUUCAGUAGACGAUCCUUUAGAGGUGCUGCUCUCACACAGUGCACGGACUCCAUCUCUGGAAAAACACAGGGAAAACAGAAAAGUACGAUUCUUAGUGGAACACUAUUUUUCACUACCUGAAUGGGAUUGAAUUUCACUACUAAGGAAGCCAUUGUGGGUUGUACCACAGUGUACAGUCAUUCAGCUUGAAUUCUUGAUUCAGUUCGGUCCGAAUCUGUUGAUUUCGUUCCUAAAACAUCAUCUCAGAGAGUUGUUUUUCCGCCUGCUAAAUGCGUCACGUGGUUAUUUAUUUGAAUGCACUUAAUGAACUACAUUAUCAUUUCUAUAUUUACAGCAUAAACAGGGACUUUUAUGGUGGAUGUUCAUUAUAAAAUAAAACAAUGCAACUAAUCUAAAUUAAUCAAUAAUAGAGAUUGUUUUGUUUUAAACAGUUUAUGGAAGGAGUCUCCAGUGUCAGCACAUUUUAUGGCACUUUAAGACAUGAUGUUCAACCUCAGGGCUGUAACACUAACUUAGCUUCAUGCUUGGCCACAUCACACCACCCUACCAUUGAUUAUCUUCCAGAGAAAGUGUUUUAUUUCUUAGUUAUAGGCUGUAAACUCAAGUGUCUAUGAUGUGACACGUGACAGGUCCACUUUUCAUGGGUAUGUCAGCAUCUGCCCUUUCACCUAAUUUAAUAAGUUAAAAGUUAAACGGCGUUUGCAUUAUACGUUAUUUCACAGUGGAGUUUAUUUAUAGCACUUCAAGAGCAACGGUCAUGGGUUACAUCACUGACAGUGAAAAUCCAUUUUUGUUCAGAUGUUCUUUGUACUCAACUUCCUAUGGAUUUUGGUUCAAAAUUAUUAUUUCUAAUUGUAUUUUAUUUAAGAUAUUUAUAGCUUUUUUAUUAGUUUUCCUACCACGACUAAUAUCUUUAUACUUUUAUAAAUUAGUCAAUUGGUGCUGGACACUUGUAGGUAUUUAUUUGUGUGUUUUUGUUUAUAUACUUAAGCUUAAUAUCUUAUGUUUUACAAAAUACAGUAUCUACAACUGCAUUUGAUUUUUUUCAUUAAAUUUUUUUUGGUGCACUACAAACUAAAAUAAUGCUUGUAUUUAUA